AGGAGCCUGGGCCACUCUCUCGCAUGCUCUCUCCCUCUCUCCCCCCACUCUCUCUCUCUCUCUCUCUCUCUCUCUCUCACCCUCCUCGUUCACUCCGGAAAACUCAUGACAGCCCCCGAUGACAAGCGAAAAGUGUAGAGCCCGCUGCGCUGUGGGCAUGGGAACGCUCGGCUGGGCUGCGCUCUGGAGGAAUUAGCGCUGGGAGACAGGAAGAGGACAGCGGCUGCUUAGGGGAAACCAGACCAUGUCAUAUCUCACCCACCGUCAUCAGAGGAGCGCGCCAGAGCCGAUAGCUGCAGAUCCACCAGGACUCACAAGAGGAUGCCACAACUGAGGAGCUAUUUUCUCCUUCACCGGGGAGAGACUUCAUCGUACAUACAAAUAAGAGUCACACAAUGCUCUGUGCUGUAGCUGGCCCUAACAUUGUCUUUAACCAUUGAAAACAUUUUACUUUCUCAAGCACAUUUUGUACCAGAAAGCAUAACCAGCAUUUUCUGAAUAGCUGCUAAAUACAUAAGGGAAUUUGAACAACAUAAUUAAGAGCUUUGGGAUAUUCUCUGUAUGUCAUUGACAUAAAAUGGAUGACAGAACUUAUUAAUGAAAAUUAGUGUGCAAGCUUUUUUAUUCCAGAUCUGUGCAGACAAUGGGGAGCCAACGGCAAAUUUAGGUCACAAGGCAUAGUGUACUGUUAAGCAUGCCUCUCCUUUAUCACAUAUGACAUGAACAGACAGUAUUGUCUUUGUUUGGUGCAAUAAGCUGAUGAGCUUGUGAUGGGAUACAAGCAGCAAAAAAAACAUGCUAGGCAUUUCUGGGUGAGGAAUGAAAAUAUUGACCAGAUAAACAGAUUAGAGCCACAUUCAAUAGACACAGCCUGUCAGCAUUCUUCAACGUCUGAGCAGCUUUUUUUGCAUGUGAAAAGGUACAGAUGAGUGAUGGCUGAUCGUGCUUUCUGAACUGAAAGUAGAUCGGUUCAGCAGUAUAUAUUGAGCAGAUUGGCCCUGGGGAAGGAGCGGUAUGCCUGGCUCCGUAAAGGGGAAGUGAUUUGGCACAACCCAUUGUUGUAGCAGACCCAUUAAGGACAUCACACACUGUUGUGUUACCCCCAGCCUGUGCCCUGCUCAUGUACAGCAUGAGGACAUUAGACUGGCACACAAUGAUUCAAGCAGUCUGAUAGCACACACAAAUUCAUCCCACAAGAUCCACAGAAGACGGUCAUAUGGGCAGACGGAUUGUUUGGACCUUAUAAUUUGAAGGGGUGUAACUCACAGGGUGCAGCACAGCAGCUUUUUUUGGUCUGCUGAAAUUUGACAGUGGGUAAUGGUGAGCACAAUAUUACCAAAACCGUCAUCUUUUAUACGUGACCCGAGUCUAUCUUUAGGAUUCACAUAGAGGUUGUUUUUAUGCGCACCCUCAUCAGUCACCUGCUUGGAGAUCCAUGGUAGCGGCCUGAUUUCUGGAAGGCUGGUUGAUGGUGUUUGAGGAGGUCUAGCCUUGGGACCGUAUUGCUCCGCCUGCAAUGCGUAGCCCUGGACGCACAGGGCAGGACCCCUGAUGUAGCCGUGGGUGGUGCUAUGUUGCGCAGGGGACUGGUGGCCUGGGCGUCCCGUGUCGGGGUGGUGCUGGUGGUAGCCUGCUGCUGCCUGUCCCUCCUUUACAUGCUGGCCUGCAGCCCGCACUCGGACCAGAGCCUGGCCCCCCUGCCCCGGCCCUACGCCCCCACGGGGAAGGAGGGCUACCAGGCUCUCCUGCAGGAGCGCGAGGAGCAGCACCGCCACUACAUCAGCAGCCUGAAGAAGCAAAUCUCGCAGCUGAAGGAGGCCCUGCAGGAGCGCAGCCAGCAGCUGAAGAGCGUCCAGGACUCGCUGGAGAAGGCGGCCGGGCCUCCUCCUGUGGGCCUGCUGGACGGGGGGGCGGAAAGAAGCCACGCCGACCUGCAGGAGUUCCUGCGCUCGCAGCUGGGCCGGGCCGAGCUGCACUCCGGCGUCAAGCUGCCCAGCGAGUACGCCGUGGUGCCCUUCGAGAGCUUCACCCUGCAGAAGGUCUACCAGCUGGAGAUGGGCCUCACCCGCCACCCCGAGGAGAAGCCGGUCCGCAAGGACCGCAGAGACGAGCUGAGCGAGACCGUGGAGACCGCCGUGCAGGCCCUCAACACGCCCCGGGAUGGAGACAGCCCCCAGCAGCAAAAGGUCUACUCACACUCCGACUUCAUCGAAGGAAUUUCUCGUACAGAGAAAGACAAGGGGACUUUAUAUGAGCUGACCUUCAGGAGUGAUCGCAGUCAGGAGUUCAGGAAGCUGGUGUUCUUCCGGCCGUUUGGCCCCCUGAUGAAGGUGAAGAAUGAGAGGGUGGACACGGCCAACAUGCUCAUCAACAUUGUCGUCCCGCUGGCCAAGCGGGCAGACAAAUUCAGGAACUUCAUGCACAACUUCAGAGACGUCUGUGUUCGUCAGGAUGGGAGGAUCCACCUCACAGUGGUGUAUUUUGGGAAGGACCAGAUGAGCGAUGUGAAGGGAAUCUUGGAGAAUACUUCCAGAGAGAUAAACUUCAAGAACUUCACCUUGAUCCAGCUGAAUGAGGAAUUCUCCCGGGGGAGGGGCCUGGAUGUGGGGGCGAGGGCGUGGAAGGGCGGAAACAUCCUUCUCUUUUUCUGUGAUGUGGACAUCUACUUUACGGCUGAGUUUCUGGACUCCUGCCGACUCAACGCGCAGCCUGGUAAAAAAGUAUUCUAUCCAGUUCUAUUCAGUCAGUAUAACCCAAGCCUGAUUUAUGGCCAUCAUGACAACAUUCCUCCUAUAGAGCAACAGCUGGCAAUCAAAAAAGAUACAGGAUUCUGGAGGGAUUUUGGCUUUGGCAUGACCUGUCAGUAUAGGUCAGAUUUCAUCAAUAUAGGUGGCUUUGACGUGGACAUUAAGGGCUGGGGCGGGGAGGACGUGCACCUCUACAGGAAGUACCUGCACAGUAACCUCCUGGUGGUGCGCUCGCCCUCACGGGGCCUGUUCCACCUGUGGCACGAGAAGCGCUGCGCUGACGAGCUCCCGCCCGAACAGUACAAGAUGUGCAUGCAGUCCAAAGCCAUGAACGAGGCCUCGCACGGACAGCUGGGAAUGCUCUUCUUCAGACACGAGAUCGAGGCCCAUCUGCGCAAGCAGAAGCAACACGGAGCUGGCAAAAAGACAUGAGAGCGCAGGGCGAAGAACCUGGAAUGGUGUGGGAAGAUGCUUUCAGAGACUGCGUCUAUAGGACAUGAAGUGCUUUAGGUUAAACAAAGAAAACCGCCGAGGAAGAAGUUUUGAGAGGGUGGAAAUAGAGGAUGUGUAAUUGUACCGGUGGAUAGGGUGGGGGAAGGACUCAAACAGUUAUGAUAGAACAAUGGCAGAGGGAGAGGUGAGAGGUUAGAGAUAUACUCAACGACACACACAAUGGAUAAAACAGAGAUACGUCUUUCUGCUAGCCCCAUGCCUAACUUCCACCCUCCCCACUCAGGCCUCUAUCAGAUCCUACAAGUUUAUGGCAACUUCAUUUGUGAAGAUGUGAAUAGAUGACAGCUGUAUUUGAUUCUAGAUAAGAACCAUAUGUGUUGAGCCAUCAUUAUGAGACGUGUGAACAGAAAGUCUCCAUCUUUCAGUCAUGUGGGGUCUGAGUUUAACAUUGUAGAGUGCAAGCAAGCAAUAAAUCAAGCAAUCUGGCCACAGGGGAGGGGGGAUUUUCACUAGGCCUAAUAAUAUGUAUCGGCUACCAAGAACAAAUACCACAUAGUAAACACUUAAGAGACUUGCAUGCUUCACUGCUGAAAGCUACAGAGGAAAAUGUUCACAGAUGAUGCAACACUGAGUUCAACUAUGACUCCAACAGAGAUCAUAAUGUACUAUAUUAGAGUAACAUCUACUUGAACAGAGUUGAUUUAACAGUUAAUAUCCUACUGGGUAUGUAUGGAAAUAUGCCUGUUGGUGAUAGUUGAAAAUGGCAUUGCAGCUGCAGAUUGAGUCGUGCAAUCAAAAACAUUUCUUGACCAGAACUUGGCACAAACUUGAGUGCACACUGGCAUUUGCAAUGCAUAAAAGGAUGUAUUUAGUGUUAGUGACAGUCAAAAUCCAUUUUAAUAUGAUCACAAGUAAUGUCCCCUGAUGUCAAUGACAUUGGUUCAUUUAUCUAGAAAGGUGAUGUUGGACCUGAAUAUUCACAAUAUCAGCCUCAAUCCUUGUCGAAAAGUUUAAAACACUUAAAACAUGUUUACAAAAAUGUUUCCCCUGUCCUAGAGAUUUUUAUUUUGUGUCUUACAUAUAGUAUUUAAUGUAUAUAUGUAUGCAUUUUUACAGCAGUACUUAUAUGAAAGAAUUCUAAAAAUCAUUUGUAUAUAGUCUCUGACUAUAAGGACCCUUUAAGUAUUUUUCAUAUUACAGGCAUAACCAGCAUAGAGGCAGACUUCAGUUUGAAUUAUGGUAACCCCAAAGGGCAAACAUGGGGUGGCUGGGCUUGUUGGUGUUACUGAAAGUAAGUUUCUUUUGCCAAGGAAAAGUCUACAGGAUUUCUGAAAGUUAAAUAUGAAUUUACUGUACUGUAUGUAUUCAUACAUACAGUGUCAUUCAUUCAAUUGUGAUGAAUGACAUUUAGAUUUGAACGUGGCACCUUCAGCCAUUGAAUCAAAAUCCAAACGCAAAAUACAUUUAAUAUGUUCAUAAUACAUAUGAUCAAUUCAGAAAAGAGUCAUAACUAAAAUAUAACAACUGUAGACCUGAAAUAGUGUUUUAUUGCUGCAGAAAUUCACCUGACCUCAGUGUGACUAUAUCUGGGCCUUGGUUUGCUGAUCAUAUGUUCUAUGUCUUAUUUAAAAAAAACAUCCAGUAGAGAUUUAUUUUUUCCAACUUAUUUCAUGAAUGAAACCAUAUUUAUUUGGAAAGCUCGCAAAAGCUUCACUGCUUGCAUGUUCCAUCUUUUUGGAGUUGGGAAGCAAUUGGAGGAGGGAAUAAGGCAUAGCCUUCUUGAUGCUGUGGACCAGGAUGGAAGCGGGUACAUUAGUGGAGAUAGCGGACCCCCGGUUGGAAACGCAGGCUUCAAUAGUUGAAAUAGAGAAAUCAUAUCAAAAUGCAUAACCAUUAAGCACAUAUUUUCAUAUUUCAAACACUGUAUGUAACCCCAAAAGUUACAUUUCACUCUGUCUAUAUUUAUUUUUGUGUUCACAAUACAUAUGAGCUUGUUAAUUACUGUAAAACAAAGAGUUUGGUAUUUUUGUUAUUAAUUGAAACUGCACUCUUUUAUGAAAAUGCAAAGAAAGGUAUUACAAAGGUCCAAAAACCUAAUCUGAUGGCACAAUGUGGCUGCAGGUGUUGAUAUGCAAAAUAAAAUGUCAGUGAAUCGGUA